GAUUCAGAGUCAAACUGAAAAGAGUGACAGAGGGAGCCGAGUGACUGCAUUCUCUUCCCAACCCUCCCACCCUAGGAGGCCCCAGAGCCAGGAUAGGAGUGGGAGGGGAGGGGUCCCAGUCUCCCCCAGGAAGGAACAGCAGAUGCCCACAUCAGACUUAGGCAGGAGGCAGAAAUAGCUUCCCUUCAUGGGGGAGCAGCCGCCGGCCUACACCCUGACUGACAACAUCCAGAAGAUGACAGCUCCAUGGUUUCUCCUCCUCUUCUCCUUAGUUCUUGGUAGCUGGCCCUGGGUCUUGUCUCUGAAGAAGUUGAAAGCAUCCCCAGAUGUUGCUCGGUGUUAUCAGGGUCUUUCAUGUCGCCUCAAGGAAAACGACUUUCUCUGUCUGCUGGGAGGAAUGGAGCCCAUUAAAGACCCUGUGCUGGUGCCCACAAAGCUGCAGACAGAGGUGGUCCUUCAAUGCAGAGAAGAAAGUAACUGUGAUCUCUGUGUUCGAGUGACCCUCUAUCUAACAGUGCAGGAGCCUAGGAAGGAGGAUCCAGAUGAAGGCGGGCUCCAAGAAGAUGCUGAACUUACAUCUCGACCUUGGCCUAGGAAUGAAUCUCUGCAGGCAGAAGUCAUACUGUCCUUCCAGGCCUUCCUCUCUAACCGAUGCGUUUCAGUGGAGGUAGAGGUACCUCCUUCCAUGGUACAGCCAGGCCAAAAUGUGGGCUACCUGGUAUUUGACUGUUUUAGGGCACCAGUAGGGGGUGAAGUGUGGAUCUGGUCCUAUACUCAGCCCCGUUACCAGAAGGAACUCAAUCACACACAACAACUACCAGAUUGCAUCAAGCCUGAAUUGCAGAACAAUGUCCAGAGCUGCUGGGGUAUAGAAUGGAGUGGGGUCCUGCCCUGGUUCAACGUCUCUGUGGAAGGGGAUGCUGUACAGCUGGUAUUAGAUGUCUCUGCUGAGCAGAAUUAUGUCCUUUUCCUAUACUGGAAUCAGACCCGGAGUUCAAGUACAAGAUUUCAUGAAGUCUUGACAGGACCACAGAAUAUCACUGUGAACCACACAGAUCUUGUCCCGUGCCUCUGUAUCCAGAUGUGGCCAAAUGUGCCAGAUGCCAUCAGAAACAGCCACUGCCCCUUCCUGGAGGACCCCAGGGCUCAUAAGAAUCUGUGGAAUCAGAGCAAGCUGAAGCUGACACUCUGGGGGGUGACAGCCCUGAGCUGGAUGGUGGAAGCACCCUGCCCCUUGUCUGCAGAGAUGGUACUCUGCUGGCAGCCAGUGGAUAGUGAGCUCUGCCACAGGCUGCCUCCGCCCCUGCCUCAGGAGAAUGUCAUUGUAAAUAAAUCCCAGGAUCUCCCUAUGCUGACUCUCCAUCCCAAUAUUUGUGUUCAGGUGUGGAGUAGGGGAAAGCCCCAGAUUCAGGAGUGCCCACAGAAAGAUAUUCUAGGCCCCCUAAGGGAUGACAUGCUACUGCUCGAGACUUGGGGAUCUGUGGAAAACCGCUCCUUCUGUGCCAUGGAGACCAGUGGCUGUACUCCUCUGCCAAGCAUGGCCCACACGAGAGCAGCCCUCCUUGGAAAACAGCUUCUUCAAGACCUACAGUCUGGUCAGUGUGUGCAGCUGUGGAAUGCCACUGGGACCUUGUGGGCUUGCUCUCUUCAGAAGUACACCCAUCAGCGCUGGGUCCUGGCUUGGCUGGCCUUCCUAGUCUUGGCUGGCUGCAUCCUGCUCCUCCUCCUGUUCAACAGAGAUGGUAUGAAAGGGUGGCUGCAGUCCUUGAAGGAGGAUUACCGCUAUGGGGGGGCUGCCCGAGGCCGCCGCGCCCUCCUCCUUUACUCUCCAGACCACGCCAGCUUCGAGCGCCUGGUAGGCACCUUGGCUUCAGCCCUUGGGCAGCUGCAGCUCUCAGUGGCCGUGGACCUGUGGCACCAGCAGGAACUGAGCGCCCUGGGCCCCCUGGCAUGGUUCCAUGCCCAACGACGCCAAGCCCUGCAAGAGGGCGGGGUGGUCAUCUUGAUCUUCUCGCCAGGGGCAGUGGCGCUCUGCCGGGAAUGGCUCCAGGAGGUGGGCGCUCCACGGCUCCCAGCCCCCACGCGGGACACCUUUGCGGCUUCUCUUAGCUGUGUGCUGCCCGACUUUUUGGAGGCCAGGGCGUCUGGCUGCUAUGUGGUCGCCUGCUUUGAGGAGCUGCUUCCUCCGGAGUGUAUACCCGACCUCUUUCACUCGGUGCCAGUCUUCUCUUUGCCCUCACAGACGCCUGCCUUCUUGAGGGCGCUGGUGGGGCCUGGCAAGGGGCACCAGGACACUGUCAAAGCUCAUGCCACACGAAUGGACCAGUACCUGCAGCCUGCCCUGGAGGAAUGCCUGCAGCUGGGGGCAUCGUCCUCUCUCUGACCCAGCCCUGGCCCCUCGCCUAGUAGGCCCAAGGGCGGCAGCGAGACCGAAGUCCUCUGCAGCCUUUGUAACCACCUGGAGCGAAGGGCACCUCCCCACUGUGAAGCCCGCCCAUCAGUGUCGCAAGACGUGUGGAUUUGGGGAGAGACGGGAACCCUUUCUGGCUAAGAGUAUCUGGGGAACCCCUGCCUAAGGUUGUGCAGGCAGUAAAUAAAGAUAGCCUUAUUUUUGUAGC